AUGUUGUCGCUUGUCCCAGCGCGGAAGAGAAAGGAAGCCCAUAACGCGAUACAACUAUCUCGUGAUAAAGGCAAGGUCCGCGUCAUCGAGCGAUCAGCAGAAGGGUACUCCAGCGGCUCCACGAAGAACCUGCAGGGGCGCAACAGCACCCCUGCUAGCCGUACCUUUACUACACUUCGUCGUGGAAGCAUCAGAAUCUUCUCAAUCUUCCGCAAUGGCAAGAGUUCCGCUCCCAGCUCCGGCGAGGCUACCUUUGGUAGCACUGGGUCAACGGUCAACAAACUAGCAGACGUACCACGUGUCGAUAACAUCAAUUCCUACUCCAACUCUCCGCUACAAUGCCCUGUCGUUCCCGAUGUACCUAUGACUCUACCAGCUCUCUCCCUAGAUCCGGACUCUUCAUCGUUACUCCAACUCACAAACGCUGCCGUCUUCGAUGGCGAAUCAGAACCUAUACCAAGAACCCGCACUCCGCCUCCUACACCCAUGACAACAAGCUGGUCGACACCAAGUCUCUCCCAGCAACUCACCGCCAAGAUCUCCAACGCCCUAAUGAACAACGAUACGGUGGUGCGUCGACCCAAGCUGAGCUCUCGGCCAAUGGUUCGAACAGACCAUUUCAAACAUCCAAGCGAUGACCAGCGAACUACCACCUCGCCCAAAAGCGCCAUGUCAGAGGUCCCUUCGCUUCCAUCAAGUGUCCUGAGCCCGUCCAGCAGCGUCGCACCGCUGAGCCAGUCCACUGCACCGACAUCGUUGGUCUCAUCAGGCGCGCCGCUAUCUGCUGAAACCACGUACCGAAGUCAGAACGGUCGCCAUAUAACCGACAAUCAACCUGCGCUCUAUUGUGAGGCGACCCCAGAACGUUUGCCUCCAAGAUUCCUUGUCUUUCCACGUCAAGACGCUCCGCGACUGUGUGAGCCUUCCGUUGCGACUAUUGAGAAUGCAGCAGCGGCGAAGAUCUUCUUCGAGUCACACUUCAAUCAGCUUCUCGGUACCAAGGUUACACCACGAUCUAUGCGUCGCCGCCAAAUGGAGCGGAAGGUAUUCACCAUGGCCAUACCGAACGAGCAACGUCACUCCAAAAGGCGAGAAUAG